CCGAGUGAGUCACUCGCUGCUGACGCGACUCGCUGCCAUAUGCGAUAUAAGAUCCACGGGGUAAAGAUGGUCGCGAGCACCCGUGUGCAGAAGCUCCUUAGACGGUACAAACUCGCAAUCGCGACCGGUUUAACGAUCUUGUUGAUCCAGGGACUGGUGGUAUGGAGCCUGCGGAGUCUGGAGGAGGGAGAGGCCGAGCGGAAACACAGGAGGUCGAAGUUGCCCGACCACAAUGGACAGGAGCAGAAGAUGGACCCUGUGGCUAUUGAGAGGCAAAACGCCCUGUCUGGGGCGAAUCAUGGCCAGUCGAGGCUGCGCCAGGAGCAGCCUGCUGUCACCACCAUCGUCAGAAGGGGGUCUAGACGGAGAAACAAGCCCUCUUUGAAGGACAAGAGUCUUGGCGGGCUGGUAGAUGGAGUGGCGGUUGAAAAAGCCGCCCAUUAUGAUCCCUCGAGCAGCCGUAACUUCAGCGAGAUCAAGGCAGGGGAAAUGGCCAAAAUCCAUCUAGUAGCACCAGGAGAGCCUGGCAGCGUUGAGGGUGCUCCUCAAGUCCCGAGCAGUGACUUUGUGCCCAAAUGUGAGAUCUCGGGCAAGGACGCCCUGUCUGCCCUCCACCGUGCGGGUUCGCGGCAGUGCAGACAGGAGAUCGCCAACAUCGUAUGCCAGCACCAAGCGGGACACCUCAUGCCUCAGUCUCUGCCUCAGUUUUGCCCACAGCAUGUGAUCUCCAGUGCCAUCCAGCAUACAGAUUUUGCCGACACCGACCUCUCCAAGGUAGAGAACCCAGUCAGGGUGGUUUUUAUGCUGGUGGUUCAUGGACGAGCAGUCCGACAGUUGAAACGUCUUCUCAAAGCCAUCUAUCACAAAGACCACUUUUAUUACAUCCAUGUGGACAAGCGUUCAAACUACAUGCACCGAGAGGUGCUGCAGAUGACGGAGCUCUACCCCAACGUGAGAGCUACACCCUGGCGCAUGGUCACCAUCUGGGGCGGUGCCAGUCUGCUGAAGGCCUACCUGCACAGCAUGCAUGACCUGCUGUCCAUGCUGGACUGGAAAUGGGACUUCUUCAUCAACCUCAGUGCCACCGACUUCCCCACCAGGACCAACAAUGAGCUUGUGGCUUUUCUCUCCCAGAACCGUGACAAGAACUUCCUGAAGUCUCAUGGCAGAGAGAACGCAAGGUUCAUUAAGAAGCAGGGUUUGGACCGCCUGUUCCACGAAUGUGACAACCACAUGUGGCGUCUGGGCGAACGCACCAUCCCUGAGGGGCUGGAGGUGUCAGGAGGCUCGGACUGGUUCUCCCUCACGCACAAGUUUGUGGAAUAUGUGAUAAACUCACAGGACGAGCUGGUGACGGGGCUCAAGCAGUUUUACACCUACGCUCUUCUGCCUGCUGAGUCUUUCUUUCACACUGUGCUGGGAAACAGUCACAUGUGUGAUACUUUGGUCGACAACAAUCUGCGUGUGACCAACUGGAACAGGAAGUUGGGCUGCAAGUGCCAGUAUAAGCAUAUAGUGGACUGGUGCGGCUGCUCACCAAAUGACUUCAAACCCUCAGACCUCAUCAGAAUACAGCAACUAACGCGGCCCACGUUCUUCGCCCGUAAGUUUGAGUCCACUGUGAACCAGGAGGCUAUUGAGAUCCUGGACAAUCAUCUGUAUGGGCAGUACCCUCCGGGCACAGUGGCACUGAAAGCGUACUGGGAGAGCCUGUUCGAGCAGGCUGAUGGGGUCUCGUCCCUCAAUGAUGUGGCCCUCACGGCGUACUCCUCCUUCUUUAGACUGGGCCUCCGUAAGCCACUCAAAAGCAGUUCUGAGACCUGCAGGUUUGAACCUAUUGGCUACCCCGUCUCGGUGCACCUGUAUUUUUAUGAUGACCGUUUCCAGGGUUACCUGGUCAGGCAAGAGGUGCAGAAUGUGGUGACCAGGUCCCGUGAGAUGCUAGAGGUGUGGGCUGUUCCUCAAGCAACACUGCAGCUAGAACACAACCUUCACGAGUUUGAACGCCUCAAACACCUUGAGGUCGGAACUGAGUGGGACCCAAAGGAGCGAAUCUUCCGUAACUUUGGUGGAGUGAUGGGACCUCUAGACGAGCCGGUGGCAGUUCAGAAGUGGGCUCGUGGACCCAACCUGACAGCCACCAUAGUGUGGAUUGACCCAGCACACAUAGUAGCUGCCUCCUAUGACAUCAGCAUAGACGUUGAGGCAGAGUUUACGCAAUACAAGCCACCGCUUCAGCGCCCCCUCAGGCCUGGAGUUUGGACGGUGCGUGUGCUGCGGUUGUGGGAGCGUGUAGCAGAAGCUCGAUUUCUGGUCAUGCCUCUGGCCUUCAAGGGACGUGAGCCCCUGCGCACAGAAGACCAUGGCUGGGUACACGCAGGUCCGCCAGGUAACGUUUAUUUGGAGCAAAGCUUCCAGCAGCUCGCCCACGUGUUGAAGCUGCCGCCCAGUGAGCCCGCCGUGCAGGAGGCGCAGAAGAAGACCUCCCUGGUGGGGAAGCCGCUGGAGGCCUGGGUGGACAGCUCUGUGGAGGCUUUCUGGGUCACGGGAGACAUUUGCUCUGACCAGACCUCCUCCUGUCCCACCGUAGGACUCUGCACCAAGACCUCUUGGAGUUCCUUGUCCCCUGACCCCAAAUCAGAACUGGGGCCAGUCAAAAAAGACGGUCGCAUUAGGUAGCCUUGCAAGCUCGUACAAAUAGAGCGGAGUGGCGAAGGCCCUGAAGAACAGUUCACAAGAGUGAUGUUUACGAGUUGUGGUCUUUCAGACCAUCCCAUUACUAGUCAAGGCACCUUCUGCUGAGGGCGGGAACUGGUUGAGGGUGAAUCUACGAGAGAAAAUGUCUAAAUUUGCACAAGAUGACUGCCAGACGUGGACAUAUGAGUCUUGCUUUUAUAAAUCAAUGUUCAGAUGUCAUCUAAAUACGUUAUUACAAGGUUCGGAGUCUUAUUAGCACAUAGUUUACAGUGUGGGUUUGUGAUGCAAAGACCCAAAUCUCAACGAUUUUACACUAUUAUUCUUUGUUACGAGAAAAACAAAACAAACUGUGCACAUUAUUUUCCUCUGUAAAACAGUGGCCAAAAUUGUUAUUUGAAGCUGUUGGAGGCAAAUCGCUGGAGUCCUCUGGCUGUAUCGCUAUGCUUAUUUUGAAGCAUUAAUAUCAAAACUUCAGAAGCAGAUUGAAGAAGUGCACUUUAUUGUAAAACGAAGCUCCCUUCUGAUUGGCUGAGUCUCAGCAGAGGAGGCGGAGCUUGUAGAAUCGUCAUGAAUUUCUGCCAGUGGAUUGAUACAUUCGUUCACUUAACGAGUUUCAGCUGCCCGGAGACGCAGCGCUGCAUGGAAUCAUCGUACACCGCAACAAAACAAACACUAACGGAAACCGUCUGUCAGGAAACAAUCUGAGUUUUGUAAUACUGUGACUUUGUCUUCAUGAUGAAUGUCCUUUGAGUUGAAAAACGGCUCAUCUGGAGGACCAUCUUUCGUCCGUUACUGCAAAGUUUUCUCAGCCGCACACAAAUCACAAAGUACGAGGACGUGGAUUGAAAUAUUUGAGACUGCCUGAAGAUCUGACCUUGAUGAAGAUCAAUCCGUGAUCUGUAGCUCAUACAUACACCUGUGCUUGUAUACCGCGUCACAAUAUUUCACGCUUAAUUCUGGUCUUCCACUAGUUUGGUUUUUAACUAUGAAUAAGUUUUACACUCUUUGUUGAAUAGCUGGAGACUUGAGUUACAGUAGCUGCUCCUACAGUAUGUUCCCAUAAUUUAAAGGAAUAUUUCACCUAAUAAUGUCAAUCUAUAUGACUUUCUUCUGUGGAACAAAAAAGAAGACCUUACAAGUAAUGGUCACAGCAUUGAAUGAACGAAAAUGACUCAUGUGCUGUAUUUCAAGUCUUGAGAAACAGUUAUUCUCAGAAAAUCUCCCCCUCCCUCUGUGUCUACAAAAUCGCAUUUACAAUUAUCUGUGUUGAAAGCUACAAUUUUUAUGUUAAAGGGUUAGUUCACCCAAAAAUGAAAAUUAGGCUGUGUUUUUUUACUCACC